AUGGCCGAGCCUUCUGGGAACGAGCUGGCGUCCGCGGCUGCCAAGGGGGACCUAGUGCAACUUACUAAUUUGUUGCAAAAGAAUGUAAACGUCAAUGCACAAAAUGGAUUUGGGAGGACUGCGCUGCAGGUCAUGAAACUGGGGAACCCCGAGAUUGCCCGGAGGUUGCUCUUGAAGGGGGCGAACCCCAAUCUGAAAGACAGUACUGGCUUCGCUGUAAUUCAUGAUGUAGCCAGAGAGGGUUUUCUGGACACUUUGCAGACUCUGCUGGAGUUUGAAGCUGAUGUUAACGUUGAGGAUAACGAGGGCAACCUGCCCUUGCACUUGGCGGCCCGGGAGGGGCACGUACGGGUGGUGGAGCUGCUGCUGGAGCGCGGGCAGUGCAAGGUGGGCCACCAGAACAAGCGGGGGGCCACCGCCUACGACCUGGCCAAGCUCUACAAGAGGUCCGCCGUGGUGAAGCUCUUAGAGGACAGCAGCUUCUUCCCUGCAGACAUGAAUUAA